UAGAGCUGAUGGUGUUUAAAGGACGAGUUUUAGCCUAACAAUAUAUGAAGAGAAUGAGUGACAGGAUGGCUAAUAAUUGUCAUAUAGUAUGUCAGCUGGGACUGAUAAUUCUCUGCACGUUUCUCUCAGUGGCAGAUUUUCUGACUGCACCGUGAUUACAUGGUCCUAUAAAAAACAAGUAAAUUCAGGGGCAGUUGAUCUGUUCACUGGAGGGAAGAAAAUGAAUAACAUAGGAAGACAUGAAAGACUGAGUCUGGGGAACAACUGCUCUCUGAACAUCUAUAAAGCAACAGGAGAAGAUUAUGGUCUUUACAACUGUCGGCAAAAUGUGAAUGGACAUCAAUAUCCUGAUAAACUUAUUUAUCUCCAUUUUCUCUAUGUCUCUCCAUCAUUCACACAGACUGAGAUAAGACCAGACCAUUCUAUGACUCUCUCCUGUCAGUUGAUUUUAUAUGAUGGAGGUUUGUGUGAUACUUUGGUCCGUUUUGAGGGAAUUCAGCUGUCGUGGGUGAAUCAGGCUGGUGUUGAUCUGCAGACAGACUCCAGAUAUCAGAUAUCAUCAGGACACUGUAACAGCACUCUGACUACAAAACUCCUGAAUGAAGACAACAACAGAAAGUGGACAUGUCAAGUUAAAAAGGGAACUAAAGUGGAGACCUCAUUCAGCUAUUCUGUCAAGUUUGGGGACAGAACAACAGCACUGAUACCAGUUACUACCCUAAACUCUGCUGAGCAGACAUCAAUGCCUGAAGAACCAGUAUCUCAUAAACCACAAGGGUCUCUUUCAACUUUUGUGAUAGUGAUUAUUGUUGUGAUUGCUGCAUUAGCUGUUGUUCUUCUUCCAGCUGUUUUUUGGAUGAUGUGUAAAAAAAGAGCUGAUAACAGAAAAGAGGCUGAUGACUUAGCAGCCACAGAUAAGAAUAAAUAUGAUGGAACAAUUUGUGUGCCCUUAUGA